AUGCAGCAGUCUGGUUACGAUGAGAUGCAGUUGUUGCAGCAGCAGUUGAUGCCAAAGCAACUACAUGCUCUUCAAAGGCAGCAGCAGAACUUUUUGAACCCCUGUUCAUCAGCAGUCCAGAAGAAAGCUAAUAAUACCGGGCAGUUUCCACCUUUGCUUGAUGCAAUGCCUCUAAAUGAUUCGUCACAAAUGUAUACAAACUGGGCGCAGAGGAAUGCAUCUCCAGGUCAACAAGGAACAACCAUGUUUUCGAUGGGCCUUGGUUCUCAGCAGCUUGAUAUCUCUCUAUACGGUAAUCCGGUUUCUAAUGCAAGAAACAAUAUGAGUCAACAACAUCCUGGCAAUCUAGCAGCUAGGCCUCCUAGUGCUCAAUCACAGAGUUCUUUGAUGCAGUUAUCGGAUUUUAAUAACCCCUUCCUUGUAAGUCAGUAUGAUAUGUCUCCAGCGCAAGCAUCUCUACAACAUGGAGGAUUUAUUUCAAAUCCUGGAGUUUCCAGCGGGAGGCAGGAGGAGCAAGUAACUUGGUCUUCGUUUCAGCAGAAGGAUUCAAAAGUGUCUCAGGCUUUGGUUCCUCUUGACCCACUGGAAGAGAAGAUUCUGUUCAGCAUGGAAGAUAGUAGUAUUUCCGAGAUUGCUUCUGGAGUGUUCGGUGACAAAUUUGACAGUGUGAGUUUCUCCAGCCCUUUCCCAUCUAUGCAGAGUGGGAGCUGGAGCGCGCUUGUGCAGACUGCUGUUGCAGAAGCUUCUAGCAGCGAUACUGGUCUUCAGGAGGAGUUUAGCGGGUUAACAUACCAGAAUAUGGAACUAUCUGCGGACAUUAACGACAUAUCCAAUUUCAUGGACAGUGAUAAGCAACAGGCUGGCUGUGUGAAUAAUAAUACCCUGCAAGGCUCUGCGUCAUUAAACUCUAGCUUUCCUGGGUUUCAGGUGCCUUUAGAUCAGCUGAGAUCAGGUAUCUUUCAGGAUGAAAGUACUCAUGAUUCCGCUCAGAGGUCCUCGAACGUGACUGGUCAUUGGGUGGAUUGUAAUCAGCAGGUGCCAUCAGGUGUGUCUUUUGAUAAUUUAUCUAUGAGUAAUACAUAUCUGCAGUCCUCCGGGAUGCUUGGUCAGCAAUCUCAGACAGGCAAUUAUCGCUCCAGUACAACUGAUUUAUCUGCAAGUCACUUACCCGGCAUGUCUUCAUUUGACCCUUCUCAAGGUGGAAAAUGGUUGAACGUGCCUUCUCAGCUCGGUAAAGCAGGGACAGUCCCGCAGUUUAUACAGCAGAAUGAUCUGGCUACUAUGCAGACAAUCAAUCCAUUUGUAGCAUCUCAACCUGACAACGCAACAUUUCCAGGAGUCAUUUUGGAUACUGGCUUUGGAGGUCACACCUCGAGUCAAACUAGAUCACCCCAGCAAGGUACCAAUCAGCAGUUCAAUGUGUGGAUGGACUUACCAACUCGCCAACAUACUUUGAAUCAGGAAUCACUCAACGUUCCCUUGAAUUCAAGUUAUUCAACAAGCUGGACCCAACAUCUGUCGCCCACAGCAGAUAACAUGCAACAGAGGGUUGGUUUGCCUCAAGAGCAGGGAUCAGCUGCUAAGAGCAUCUUUGAUUUUACUGCGUCUAACAGAGAUUUCAACAAACUCCAGAGGGAGAAUAGCAUAGAUUUUGGUACAAGUUCGAAGUUAUAUGAACAAAACUAUGGAUUCAAAUUGCCAAUGGAUAGCGGUAUGAGCUCAAUGUCGCAGCUUAAGUCCAAUGCGUUCGCUGACUCAAAGAUGGAACAAAAUGUUUUUUCCACUGGGAAGCAGCUUGGUGGCAGUAGCCAUCUUAAUCUUCCCGCAUCAGCGCCUGUGUGGUUCAAGCAGAUGGGAGCUUUUAGAAAUGACCAGAUGCAACCUGCAUAUGACUCUCAGGAGACUCCCGAUCAGUUGCCUCAGCAUUCUAAGCCUUUAAACAUAUUGAACAAAGACAGAGAGAUAAUCACACCAAAGAAACGAAAGCUUAUGAGAAGAAAGCAGUUGGCUUGGCAUAAAGAAGUCUCCAAUGCAUCCCAAAGGGAACACACAAUCAGUGGAGCAGAAGAAGAAUGGGCCAGAGUUGGUAACCUAUUAGUUGAGAAGGCCGAGUAUGAUACUCAGAGUGAAUUUGCGCAUCCAUUGCACCGUUCAAAGAGAAGACUUGUUCUAACAUCACAGCUUAUGCAACAGCUAUUUGAUCCGCCUCCAUCGUUCCUUUUGUUUUCAGCUGCAUUGUCAAGCUACGAUUCUCUGCUAUUUUCCGUUGCUAGAGCAACCCUUAGUGAUGCUUGCAGCUUUACCCACAAAGGAAAUAAAGUGUUGCCGUUAUCGUCUCCUGAGGUUGAUAAGAUACCGGAAAAGAUUGAGAAUUUUGAGAGAAGGGAUAUGCAACAUACUGAAGUUGCUGAAAGAUUAACAGAGAAAGCAAAGAAACUCGGGGAAAGCUUGGAAAGACUGGAGAGAACGCCGAGAAUGGCAGACAUACAAUUCGAAAUAGCGGAUUUGGAUAAGUUCUCUGUUAUCAACCGGUUUGCGAGGUUUCACAGCAAAGGGCCAGACUCUGGAAACCCUUCACAAGUCACCCUUCUAAAACCUACACCACAGAGAUACAUUGCAUUGGGACCCAUGCCUCGGAACCUACCAGAGGGAGUACAAUGCAUUUCGUUAUGA